AUGGCAGUGGAUAAGCCAGAAACAACCCAGGGAUCAAUAGAGAUGGAAGUUUCCCCUGCAACAACUUCCCCUGAUCCCCCGCCAGUGCCCCAACACGACGAAGAACGCAACCCUUUACCAACCGAUUCGAUGGUAACCGUGCCACUUUCAGACAUACAGAGGGGCUCUGGGAUCUCGGGAGAAGGGCCCAUGUUGCCAGAUGCAGUAUACUGUCCAGAAACCGCCGUUCCUGUUGGCCUUGGGCUAGAGAGUCCAGAUGAAACGCAGCAUGAUGGAGAAGAGGAUGCUGAAGAGCUCGAGACUGCUUCAGAACUACAGGCCGAAGAGACACCCUCUAGGGCUCCCUCUAGGGCUCCAUCAGUCGCAUCUAGCAAGGCUGAAAGCAUCGGUGGGAGCAGUAAAUCCGACAUGGAUGAUGGUCGAAGUGUUGACUGGGCCGGCUUGGAGGAGAGCGAAGUCAACCAGUCAAAGGCAUCGGGAGACGAUGUGAUGAAGGCACCCCAAGGCUGCUUUGAAGAAGCCAUUGAAGACUGUAAUGAUUGCCUUGCUGACCGGGAAGCCGAACAGUCGACAACAUUGCUCCUAGCACGAUUAGAACAGGAAAACAACGCUUUAGCAACAGACCCAAAGUCUGCUUCGGCAAAAAAGGCAUCCGUCCGCAACUCGAGGCCGCCAUCCAUCCAAAAACUCAAAGAUCUCGUUAAUGACCCUAGAUCUUCGCUCCGGUAUUCCCAACUGCCUGCUCCCCAGAUGACCGAGCUUGAGUUCUGGGCUGCUCUUGUUGCCGACUAUCCUCGUACCGCCCAGCGGCUCCCCACUCUUACAUCCCAUAAAAUCCGAGGGGGUGUCCCGCCUCCGCUUAGAGGGGUCGUGUGGCCGAGCAUUGCUGGAGCUCGAGAUUCUCACCUCCACGACGAGUACGAAAAGCUGUGUGGUGAGACAAGUCCCUACGAGGGUCUUAUCGGCAAGGAUAUUGGACGAAGCUUCCCCAACGUAGAGAUGUUUCGAGAUCCGCUCGGAGAAGGCCAGCAGAUACUGAUGGACCAUUAUGACUUGCGAUCUUGUUUCCUGCCGACUUUAUCUGGCCUCCACCUCCGUAUCUACCAAUUCCAGUCAUUACUCUCACAUCACGCACCGGAGCUAUAUGCUCACCUUGAUUCACUCAAAAUUGAGCCAGUUUAUGUAUCACAAUGGUUCUUGUCGUUCUUUGCUGUUACCUGUCCCCUUCCCAUGCUUCUGCGUAUAUAUGAUGUUCUUUUGCUUGAAGGAGCCUGCGAGACGUUGAUGCGUGUUGCCUUGUCUCUUAUGCAGCGGAAUCAGCACAGAAUUAUGGCCUGCACGGAAUUCGAAGACGCCAUGCAACUGUUGCUAUCAAGAAGCCUAUGGGAUCCGUAUGCCUGCAAUGCUGAUGAUCUUGUUACGGACUUUGUGUCACUCACCUCCCUGGUCACUCACGAAAGCUUGCACGCUCUCGAAGUGAAAUACCAGGAAGCCCAAGGUACUGCACAAAGUGUGUCACUGCCUCAGCUUCAAGCUAUUGCUUCCCGAUUCCUAGGUAGACUCUGGGCUGGCUCGAGUUCUCACAGCUCUGUCAAAUCCGUUGCUCAAAGCCCUGGUAUUCCAACUCCCGGGUCAAGCCCUUGCAUGGGUGUUACUCGAACGCCAUCGAAACAGAGCAUGGCUUCAACUCUCAACUCUUUAGAGUCAUCGACCUCGGAAGCCAGUACAGCACCGACCGAGGCAUCUACCUUAUCGAGUUCCAACAUUGACAGUGCGACGCCGAAGCCAAAGCCACAUCGUUUACAAACCAGCGACAAGGAUUUGCACUCCCAAAUAGAGGACCUUCUUCUUGCUCUUUCCGAUAUGCAGCGAGAGCAGGCCGCUCUGGCUAAGCGAUUGCAACAAGAACGAGAGGAACGUGAGGAGGAUCAGAUCGUAGCUGCCCAGUUGCUAUCCCAUAUGAAAGAGACUCCAGCCGAGCAACCUGAUCCCAAACUCAUCCUCAAAGCAGAAGAAAGGUUUGCGUCAACGGAGCCACGACGCAUGUCGAUGCUGCAAACCAAACAGCAGCUGCUGGAUGAUGUUGAAAUGUGGAAGAGCAAAUAUGAGCUCGAGUCCACUAGAUGUCAGGGCAUGGGCCGAACCAUUGACGAGCACGAACAAAAAAAUGCCCAGCUAAAGGAACAGCUCAAGGAGGCUCGAAGCAGGGUUCAGGACGCACAUAAAGAAAAGCAGCGCCUUGAACGAACAGUACAGGAGCUUAGAGCAAAGAAACCGCCCCUUUCAAAGUUGCAAACUGAUCGUCCUGAAUCGGUCGGGUCGGGGGAUGACGGGUCCGCAAACGGCCUGCGGGAGUUCAAGCUUGGAAAGGCCAACUCCCCUAAAACCCCAACAUUCUCAAAACGAACAAGCAGCCUGGGAGCUCCCAAGUCCCUUGUUGGCGAUGAGGAAGGGCUGCUCAUUGAGCUUGUUAACGCGAAGACUUCAGAGGCGGUCGCACGACAGGAGCUGGAAGAAAUGAAGGUCAAAUUGGACACUCUCAAACGACUGAUGAGUCGCUCUACGAAUGCAACUUCGCCCGCCUCCACUGCCGGUGACUCCAGCCCCAGCAUACUCGUCACUGCAUCUAAAUCAAGCCCAGACACAACCGCCCCGCCCAAGUCCCAAAAUUCAUCGCCUGUCGGUUUCUUCACCGGAUGGACUAGGCGGACGGCAUCUACCACCAGCGCUGUCAUACCGGACUCCAAGUGA